UCAAAUGUAGCGUCGAUCUACUAGUCGCUCCUGGAAACAUGGCAGCGCUACGUAAAACUAGCUGAAUGUAGCGGCACUAAGUACAGCUCUGCAAGUAAGCUGUUAUUAAAUUUCAAUUAACUUGAAAAAGAGCUGAAGUUCAGAUUGACUAUGUGUGUUACAAGACAAGGUGUCCAGAUUUAAAAAUGGGUUACAGAUUUACAAGCUACCUGCUUCUCUGGUUUCUAUUCCACAACUAUAAAAAUGAACUGAACGCUAAAGAGAACAAAAUAGUUGUGUUGAAAGACAAAGGUUGUGAACAACUGAGCCAGUGUGUAGUGAAAGCUACGAAACAAGCGUUAGAAAAUAUUGGAGAUGACUAUAUUGGAGGUCUUAGCCUGAAAGUUCUACCUUUGGACAUUGGCGAAGAUUGGGAAGAAAUAUGUAAAAAUGAUCUUCCUGAGCAGAAAUUAACUACCGUUACCAUGGUGGUGUUUGUUUGUAAUAUCAUGGCAUCUUCACACGUGGACAAGCUGCUUUCAGGAACUAAUGUAACAGAGCGGAAAGUGUCAACUCCCUCGUGGACAGGCUUUACUUGUCACAAUGAAUCACUAGUUAGUAGAAUGGAAGAAAUUACAAAGAUAUUAUGUGAAGUUAUAAUGGCCAAGAAAGUCCGAGAUGUCGUUGUGCUGCGAGGGCAUCAGCAUGAAGCUGAAGACCUUUUAUCGAAGAAGUUAUUUAAUCGAGGUGUUAGGAUGGUGCAUAUUAACAUCGAUAGAUUAAAAGAAUCUGACCAUGACAUCUUAGAAAAAAUCACAGAUCAUUUCAUCUCCUUGAAGCUGUUCUUUUCUACCCCAAAAGUAACACUUCUCAUCAGCUUGUCCAAAGAUUUAGCUCCAACAUUCGUCAUACUGAAGAUUUUACAGAGCGACAUAUUCAAGGCCAAAAUAGGAUACUUACUUUAUGGCGAACCAGCUACGUGGCAGGCGAUCAUUCGACAAACAAAAAGUUAUGACGUUGAUAUGACGCUCAUUACUGCUGGGUUACGUAACAGUUUAGAGGGACAGCUACACAUGUGUUAUAAGCCAAGUGAAACCGAAAAUGCUGUUGGAGAAUCAACUGUGAUUGCUAUUCAGCACAAUAUAUUAGAUACGUGUUUCCCCACAAGAACAACAAUUCAAGUUUGGAAUACGUUGUACUCUGGAGGUACAGCUAACUUUGUACCAAAAGGUUUCUCUCAGGGAGAAAUGACAAGUGAAAUACAUACCAAAAAGUUUAUGCCUCUGCUGAAAGUUGCAGUAACGGAAUAUCCCCCCUUCAUUUCACUGGAAAGGAUAAAUAACACGAUCAAAUUGAAAGACUGCGUCUGCAAAACAAUAUUUGAGUUUAUAACCAACCACAGUGGGCUGAAUUUUGAAUUUGUGGAAACGCCCGAUCAAGAAUUCGGACAAUGGAAGAACAACCAGUGGACUGGUUCUAUACGUAUGCUACUUGACGGGAAAGCCGAAUUAGCACCCUUUAUGACGGUUACUGGUCCUCGUACGAAGGCAGUAGACUUUACAUUUCCAAUCGGAACAGAAAAGAUCACAAUAUUAGUGAAGAUGCCAGCAGAACCUUCUAGAAUUUUUUUAUUUCAUCGUCCGUUUAAAUCAGAGGUAUGGAUAUUUGUUAUUGCAGCCAUGUUUGUAAUGGGUGUUUUAUUGUAUCUAAUUAACUUCUCAAGUCCGUUCUACAGAUACUAUGAACGCAAAAAAGGAAACCAUAAUUAUUUCUUCAGAAUUAGAAACUGCUUGUGGACGACAUAUGGCUCUGCAGUUCAGCAAGGUAGCGCUUUUCUUCCUGAAGCAAUUUCUGCUCGUAUUAUCUUCAUGACUUGGUCGCUGUCUGUGUUGGUAAUUUUGGCUACGUACAGUGGGAACUUGAUAGCCAUUUUGACCUUUCCAGAAGCUCGAUGGUUAGUCAGAAAUAUUCAUGAUUUGAGCAAAGAAAAGCACAUAUCCAUUAUAAUGCAACCGGGAACAGCUUUCAUUGAAGAAAUACUGGAAUACAGUCGGAAAAAUGGUCUGAAGUUUCAGGAAGAUAAAAGAAUAGUAUUUUCUAAUUGGAACAAAAAAAUUAUGGACGACGUGGCAGAGGGUAGUGCAGUGUUUCUUGGAGAUCAGUUCAUCAUUUCUAAUCAUAUCGUAAAAGAAAACCAACAAACGGGUGUUUGCCGAAAUACUAUCAUCCCUCAGCCUGUCAUUGAGUCAAUCAUGAGCGUGGCCGUGAGGAAGGGAAAUGCUCACAAACCAGUAUUGAACAAAUAUCAUGCAUUUUGGCACGACGUAGAAAUUUACUAGCCCUUGAACCUUGA